AGAUCUUUCUACCAACAAGAAAAUGAAGGAAAAGAAGGAAAAGACAUUGCUGCUGGAACACCACACCCUCAGAGCCCGAGAGGCCUGUAGCUUGAUUACAGAGCUGCUCAAGCCGUCCCCAGCCCUGCCCACCCUCACCAAGGCCCAGCCCUCACAAAGCACCAAUCAGAGCAGCCGCAGGCCCAAGGCCCAGCCCUCACAAAGCACCAAUCAGAGCAGCCGCAGGCCCAAGGCCCACCCCUCACAAAGCACCAAUCAGAGCAGCCGCAGGGCUGCUCCUCACGGCUACAGCAGGCCUGAGGGGAGGAGGGGGAGGGACGCUCUGUUCCACACAUCUGCCUCUCCUGGGAGGACCGCAGGAGUACGGAGCAUAUCUGCCCAGCGUGGAGAACAUCAGCUCACCACCCGCCGUAUGCACAGACCUGGUGCACUCCCAGAUGCCCGUCUGACGAGAUGGGGUGUACAAGACACCAGGGGCAGGAGACCGGGCAAAGGCUGGAUGAAGGGAAUACGGCCACCCCUGAAGGAGGACAGGAUGAGAAGAGAGAGGGAAGUGAGAGAGGAGGUAGAGGAGGAGAGUGAUGACGAGCAGCUCCUGAGCCCAUGGAACCCUCCUCUGGAGAUCCGACGCUUGCUUGGCCUGGACAAACAGGGCUCUGUGGAAGAGCGGAGUGGAGCUCCAGGGAGUGGAGCUGGAGUCUGGCUGAAGGGGCUGGACAGGGACUCCCCCUCUGAGAGCACUGGCAGUAUCCUCAGCAAACUGGACUGGACCGCCAUCGAGAAGAUGGUGGCCGAGGAGGACCAAGUCUGAUCCAAAGAUAAUUUAUAUUGUGUGUGACAGUUAAACUGUCACAUCUCUCAGGUUUACAGUUGUUGAAUUGUAAUAUGAAUUUUUCUAUUUUGUUUUGGUACUUUAAGUGCUCUGUACUGUCAGUAAAUACUGUAAAUGUGAUUGUGAGUGUGACCUUUAAUGUUUUUUGAAUGUGUGAUUGAGUAUCAGUCACAAAGAAUGCCAUAAAUCUCUUUUAAAAAUGAUGCCUUAUACAAGGAGCCUGUGGUGGUGCUAGUGCCAUUGGUGUUUCCAAUAAAACAUUUUAAAACCAA